AUGCACUUACAACUUGGUGAGGUUUCUGCUAUUGUCGUCUCUUCUCCAAAGGUUGCUGAACAGAUUAUAAAAACACAUGACCUCAGUUUUGUGGAUAGGGAGGAACUCCUUACUGUAAAGAUUCUUACUUAUGGUUACAAAGAUGUAGCAUUUGCUCCCUAUGGUGACUACUGGAGGCAAAUGAAAAAGAUUUUCACGUUGGAACUCUUAAGUGCUAGACGUGUCCAGUCAUUUCGUUCACUUCGAGAAAAAGAAUCAGCAUUUGGUCAGAAAUGUGAAGAAAAUGAAGAACUGUUAUCACUGAUGAAUCAAGUAGUUAAUAUGGCAAGUGGUUUUGACAUUGCAGAUAUAUUCCCUUCACUGAAAUUCCUUCACAUAAUCAGUGGUAUGAAGCCCAAACUAUAUCACUUAUUUCAUAAAGUGGAUAAAAUCUUAGAAACAAUUAUCAGAAAACAUUUGGAGCAUAGGGCAGCGUUUAAGGAUCAUAACAUCCAUGAAGUGAAGGAAAAUCUUUUAGAUGUACUUCUACGAGUUCAAAAGCUAGGUGAAGUUGACUUUCCAAUUACAAAUGAGAGCAUCAAAGCAGUCAUGGUGGAGAUUUUCUCUGCAGGAACAGAUACAUCAUCAAGCACAACAAAAUGGGCUAUGUCAGAGAUGCUGAAAAACCCAAGAGUUAUGGCGAAGGCUCAAGCCGAGGUAAGGAGGGUCAUGAACAUAAAAGGAAAGAUUGAUGAAAGUGAAUUAUAA